AUGUUUUUGAAUGGCGAUUGGCUUCUAUCAUGCAAAGCCAAAAACAUCAAAGAUGUAAAAAUAAAAAUUCCUGGAGACGUUCAUUCAGCCUUAUUAAACGCGUCUUUGAUUCCUGAUCCAUAUUUUGAUUGCAAUGAAAAUGUAAGCAAUUGGAUACACUAUCAAACAUGGGAAAUCAAGAAUACUUUUGAUAUUGACGAGGAAUUAGAUUCCAAAACAUCAGCAUACAAAAAAAUAAAUUUAACAUUAGAUUUUGUUGAUACAUUUAGUAUAAUUUAUAUCAAUGAGAAAGAAGUUUUACGCACAUCAAACAUGUUCAAACAUUAUUCCGUUGAUAUCAUGAGCGCUCUCAAAAAUGGAAAAAAUACUAUUAAAUUUGUUUUCAAUCCAGCCGUUGUUAUAGCUGAACAAUUAAGCAAAUCACUUCAAAAUCCUGUUCCUUGGUCAGAAGGAAAUAAUCAGCAUCCACAUAUGAAUUUAAUCAGAAAACCACAGUUUCAAUCUGGAUGGGACUGGGGACCAUGCUUAGUUCCUGUUGGUAUUUAUGGAGAUGUGAAAAUUGAAUACAUUCAAGCAACAAGAAUUUUAGGAUUUAAACAUUAUUCAACAAGCAAAGAUAUUUCAUUAGAAAUACACGCAGAAUCUUUCACUGAGAACCAAAAAUUACAUGUUUCAAUUGAAAAUCUUUACGAAACUGACAUAGAUUUGGAAUUAGGAUCUCAUGUUUACACAAUUAAUCAUGAAUUUACGGAAAUAAAGCCUAAACUUUGGAGUACAUGGGAUUAUGGAAGGCCAAACUUGUAUACUCUCAAAAUUUCGACAGAUGAAGCUCAAAUAACAAAGGAAAUUGGCUUUAGAGACUUAAAAUUAGAAUCAUUGCCAGACCAAUACGGGAAAUCAUUCAAAUUCAUAUUAAAUGGCCAAGAAAUUUAUUGCAGAGGCGCAAAUAUCAUUCCAAUCGAUUCUAUUCCUCAAAGAGAAACAAAAGAACGUUACGAGCAAAUUCUUCUUGAUGCAAAGUUCGCAAAUAUGAACAUGGUUCGAAUCUGGGGUGGCGGAUAUUAUUUACCAGAUUAUUUCUAUGAAUUAUGUGAUAGAUAUGGCAUAUUAGUAUGGCAGGAUCUAAUGUUUGCAUGUGCCCAAUAUCCAACAGCUGAUUGGUUCCUCCAAGAAGUUGAAUCUGAAAUUUUUGAUACUUUCUUACGAAUCCAGUACCAUCCUUCCAUUGCAUUAUGGUGCGGAGAUAACGAAGUGUGGACAACGAUCAAUUGGCAAGACAUUGCUAAGGACAAUAAAGAGUUUUACCACUCUGAAUACAAGAAAUUAAACCAAUUCCUUAAAGCCCACGUGAACGAGAACGACAAAUCACGCACAUUCUGGUUGGCCUCUCCAUCCGCCGGUAAUGAGGAUUAUGACGGAGAUUUCGUAAAUAUAUCUCAAGGUGAUUCACAUUAUUGGGAAGUUUGGCAUGGCAAGAAAAACAUUUCAGGCUAUCUGGAAGUCAAACCGCGUUUCUGUUCCGAGUUUGGUUUCCAAAGUUACCCUUCAUUAGCAACUGUAAAGACUUUUGCACCGGAAGGAACCAAUUCCAUCCACGCCAAAGCAUUCGAGGUUCAUCAGAAAAGCAAAUGCGGUAACAAGAAGAUACAAGAAAUGAUAGAUUUGUACUUUAAACAUUCAAUUUCUUUUCCGGACUUGCUUUACUUGUCACAGGUUACUCAAGCCAUAGCAAUUAAAACAGCCGUUGAGUUCUGGAGAUUGCAAACUGGCAUCAAUUCUGGCGCUUUGUUCUGGCAAUUAAAUGAUUGUUGGCCAAUUUCAUCAUGGAGCUCAAUAGAAUACAAUGGAAGAUGGAAACAAUUAAUGUAUCAUGCAAAAAGAUUCUUUGAACCAGUAUCUAUUAUUUUAACUCAAGAUACAUCAAAUUAUCUUUUAUAUGUUGUCAAUGAUCUCAAAGAAACUGUUAAUGUUAGAUACCAUGUAAGAUGGUUCGACUUCCAUGGAAUGUUGCUCUAUGGAAGAACCGAUAAUGCUGUUACAAAUCCAAAGAACAAAACAAUUGUUUGGUCGCUCCCUAGAUAUACACAUCCUUAUAAAGGUCCAGAUGGGUUCUUCUAUGCUUCAGUGGAAAUCAAUGGAAAAAUCCAGGAAAAUUUCUUGUUUAUUGAGAAAUUCAAGAAUUGCAAGAUUGAAAAGCCAGAAAUUAAAUAUGAAGUAAAUAAUUCUGAUGGACAAUACCAAAUUAAGCUAACUACAAAUGUUCCAGCUUUCUUUGUUCACUUGGAAUCAGAUAAAGUCAGAAAGUUCUCUGAUUCAAGCUUUAUUUUGCUUCCUGAGGAAGAAAAAGUUGUAACUUGUGAAGGUGAUCCAGGAAAUAUAACUAUUUAUCAUCUUAAUUAA